GCGGUUCCCGGUGGCAGUGGCAACAGCCAUGGAGGCCCAGCCGAGCGCCUGGACGGCUGCAGCUAACUCGGGUCGGGAAAAUGCGACAGCGACUGCCCACUCGAGGUCGUCAUGGCGACAGCCAGUGAACGUGUUCCUCUCCUCGGGCAGGCCCCCGAGUGUAGAGGAGCUGCUUCGCGAGGCGCAGCUCAAUCUUCAGAGCCUGUUGCAAGAAGAAUAUGAGGAACAGUAUUCGGAGGCCAGACUUCUGGGGCAGACCUUCCGUUCUGCUGAUGAGGCCCCUGAGCCCACCCCCAGCCCAAGGCCCCAGUCUGCCAGGCGUCUGGAGUUUGUCUUGAUGCCUACAAAACGGCAGCUAAGUGAAGAUGAGACGACCACGCAGGGGGUGAGGGCCCCAGAGGCCCCCCUGAGCCUGCCUACUGCAGCCGACAAACAAGCUGUCUGGAACAGCCCCUUCCCACUGCCUGUCCUCGAGGAGAAGCGGUGGCUUCAGCCUUGCUGCACACACUCUGACAUUGUGCCCAUCGACGUCUCCGGACAGCAGUUUGAUAAACAUGCAAGUUUGCGACACUCGUUGUUUAACACAGAGACAGCUGUGAACCCCAAAUCCACCCUGAGGCGGAGGCGGACCAUUAUUGGAUUCUCUAACUAUUCCCAGCGAGACCAAGGUCACAGCAACAGUCCCGCUGGCAGUGUGGCCUGCUCUCCCAUCUCAGACAUCAGGCCCAGUCAUUCAGUUCCAGAAGGUGUUCAUGGAAGGGUUGCAGUUGGUCAGGAAGCUCGGUUCCCAAAUCUCACCUCGCCAGGACUAAGAAGUCCUGCCAGUGAUCCAGAAGAGCCUCUCCAGGCACGUGGUGGCACAAAACCCUCUGGCAUGGAGAGCAUUGGAAUGGUAUACAGUGUCCCCAGUUCUUGCAAUGGACCAACUGAAUCAGCCUUCUCCACUUCCUGGAAGGGAGAUGCUUUUACCUAUAUGACUCCGAAUGCCGCCACUCAGAGCAAUCAAGUCAAUGAAAAUGGAAAAAAUCCUUCCUCUGGGAAUUCUUGGGUCUCUCUACACACACUGCCACCUCUGGUUCCUAAGGAGGCCACUACCCUCUUUGUCACUCGUGACAACCCAGCAGGAUGCAGUGGAUCGGCUGGCUACUCUGAGCACCUUACUCAACGGAGGCAAGUCUCAGAACGAGCCUCCAAGACUGGCCUUCUGACUGGGGGUCCCUCAAAGCUGGAGACAGGCCCAGGUGGGGCCAGCAGGUUCCGGGAGCGGUCCCUGUCCGUGCCCACAGAUGCAGGCACCACAGAUGUGGACUAUGACGAGGAACAGAAGUCCGCUAAGGCCUGUGCCCUGCCUUACACCAGUACGAGUUCAGAGGGCAGUAACAGUGCCGACAACAUUGCCUCCUUGAGUGCUCAGCAGGAGGCUCAGCACAGGAGGCAGAGGUCCAAGAGUAUCUCACUCAAGAAGGCCAAGAAGAAGCCUUCCCCUCCAACUCGCAGUGUCUCACUGGUCAAAGAUGAACCAGUUCUCUUACCAGAAGGCGGGUCAGCGCUCCCCAAGGACCAGAGGCCCAGGAGCCUUUGCCUCUCCUUGGAACACCAAGGACCUCACUCCUCCCACCCAGAUGCUCAGGGUCACCCAGCUGUGCCAACCUUCAAAGACCCAGAAGGUACACAAUUCGCCCACCACUGGUAUCUUACUGACUGGAAGUCCGGUGACACCUACCAAUCCUUGUCCAGCUCCAGCACCGCCACGGGCACCACAGUCAUUGAGUGCACCCAAGUUCAGGGCAGUUCGGAGUCUCUAGCCUCCGCUUCCACCUCCAGAGCCACGACGCCUUCCCAGCUUUCCAUCGAGGUGGAGGCCAGGGAGGUAUCCUCCCCGGGAAGGCCCACUGGGCUGAUGUCACCUUCCAGUGGAUACUCCAGCCAGUCAGAGACACCAACACCCACUGUCUCCAUGUCCUUGACCCUAGGUCACUUGCCCCCUCCAAGUGGCAACGUCCGGGUGCGCCCAGUGGUCCCUGAGAGGAAGUCAUCACUACCCCCAACAUCACCGAUGGAGAAAAUGUCCAAGGCACGGCUAUCCUUUGACCUACCAUUGACCACUUCAACCAACCUGGAUCUGUCUGGGAUGAGUAUCUCCAUCCGAAGCAAAACCAAGGUGAGCCGGCAUCACUCAGAUACGAAUUUUGGGGCCAAGCUGGCCCAGAAAACUAGCCCCAACCAGCCAAUCAUGCCCAUGGUUACUCAGUCUGACUUACGUUCUGUUCGCCUGAGGUCAGUCAGCAAGUCUGAGCCGGAAGAUGAUAUCGAGAGUCCUGACUAUGCUGAGGAACCAGGAGCAGAAGUCUUCACCUUGCCAGAGAGAAAGAUGAAGCCUCCCAUAGCUGAGAAGCCCCCACUGGCCCGAAGGCCUCCAAGCUUGGUCCACAAGCCACCAUCUGUUCAUGAGGAGUACCCACUAACUUCACCUACCUUGGCUACGACCCCCAAGAGCUCAAUUCAACACCCGAGGCCACUCCCUCAAGACAUCUACAUGGUGGUACGGAAGCCAAAGUCUCCCAGCUUCCCUGAGGGCAGAAGCCCAGGGGAGUCAACAGCAUCCUCAUCUCUUGUUUUCACACCUUUUGCCAGUUCCUCUGGUGCUUCCUGCUCAGGAACACAGCAGUCUCCCCAGGGAAGUACGGAGGAUGCGGGCCCCAAGGGGAGAGCCCUGCCUGAAAGAAUUAGCCUCCAGAGCCAAGAAGAAGCUGAGAAAAAGAAAGGCAAGAUUCCACCGCCUGUACCCAAAAAGCCCAGCGUGCUGUACCUGCCUCUCACCUCACCCACAGCUCAAAUGGAGGUUUAUGCGGCCGAACCAAGGCUGCCUCUCAGCCCCAUCAUCACUCUGGAGGAAGAUAGCAAGUGUCUCCCAAGUGGUGACCACCUGCAUUUGGCUGGUACGAGGACGAAUUCCACGGUGCAGGCUGACUAUGAAAAGGAGGCAGGCCCUCCGGGGAGUCCAAUGGAACCAAGCACUGAAGAAAAAAGUGUAAUCAGUGAUAAAACAGCUGAGUGGAUCGCGGAAGAUGAUGAUGACGUGUUUGUGGCUUCACGCACAACUGAAGAUUUAUUUACUGUGAUACACAGGUCCAAAAGGAAGCUGCUUGGCUGGAAGGAACCUGGGGAGGCAUUUGCCAGCAGCAGCAGACCCAGCUCCCACUCACCGAUAAGGAGCACGGCAGAGUCUCCCGUCAGUGAGCCCGCUGCCUCUGCAGGGUCGAGCGGCAGUGCCAACCUAGAUGCUGGCAGAAACGAUGACUUCAAGGCUUUGCUACAGAAGAAGGGGAGCAAGGCAACAACAAGGUCCCGCCCCUCAGCAGCCGAACUGCUGAAGACCACUAACCCACUGGCUCGGCGAAUUAUUGCACAGUUUUCAAAAGACUAUGAAACCACCGAUAACCCCAGUACCUAAGCCCUGGGUUCACCAAACAGGGUUUAGUUAUUAAACUUGAGGAGAGAAGGGGGAAGAGACAAAGGGUUUUAAAAAGGAACCAUGGAAAGAACACAAGAGCCUACAUUUCUAUUACAUUAACUCACGCUCCGGACAGCAGGAGAGAGGCCACAUCUAGAACUCAAAUCAUCAGGCACUUUAAUCAUCUUCAGACAUUUGCGUUUUCAUCCUUCGAAUCUUGCCAUUACUGACUGCCGAUUUUCUCCUUAUUUGUCCCCAGCAGUAUGCACUAAGAAGAAAUUCUCAGAUGCAAGGGCAUGUGCACCAUCUUUUCAAUCAAUGACUAGGAUGCUCCAUCCCUGGCUCCUGUCACUGAGGGGCACAGUGAGAGAGCAGACUGGGGGCUGCCAAACCCAGGGGACAUAGGGUGCCACGGCUGAUUAUUCACUUUCCCGGGGAGGCCUGGCUGGCCUUGCAUGGAGAAACAGGACUCUGAUGCCUCUUCAACCACAAUUUAACUCUCCCCUGCGAUAGGCUUGCAGGUGUGCACUUAUUUCGGCAUGGGGUUGAUUGGAUGGCAAAAUAUGAAUGUGACUCUGUCCUGAACUUUAGGCCUUUUUCAGUUUGAUUGUCUACACGGAGAUCAGGGUGAUGAGUUUCAGUAAACAUAUAGACCCCUGCCCCCCAUCCCCACUCCCCGCCCCUUUGCCACAAAAGGUCAGGACUGCGUUGCUUUGGAUGAACCAAGUUCAGCCAACAAACGAGGCCACCAUUUGUUCACUCGCACAUGCGCCUUGAGAUCCUUCAAGUGUCUGUCAACAAUGAUAGCUAGUGUCUGUGCCCAGCUCAUACUGCAUUCGAAGAACUCUCGUUUCAUUGGCAUAUAGCAUUCAUUACAGGAAGUCAUUAGCUGAAGGAACAGCAUCAUCAAAGGCUCCAGGAGGAGAGGAAGUAAGUGUAACUUGCCCACCACCAUUCAGUCCAGAUUGUGGUUUGUGGAUGGUUUGGUUUUGUUUAAAAGAAAUCUUAUUCUGUUCCCAAACCAAGAGGGUACAGACUAAAAGGAUAUAUCCAAAAUCUAAAAAGGCAGCCUUGCAAGUUGCAAUGGCCUGUCACACACACACCAAAAAGGGCUACUUUUGGCCAUUUCGGUUCUACCUUUUGACCAGUUUUCAAUUAACCAUGUUGGGGGAGAGCGUAAGAACUGGGGUAAAUGGGAGGCUGACAGAGCCCCAGAACAGUCAUUGUGAUCCCUUCCCCCCACCCUCUGCCAAAGCUUAUAGUCACUAUCUAUUCUUGUCAGUUCAGUUUUCUACACAGAGCAAGAGCCAUGAUUCAUUUGAUUUUCAUAUGACUGCUUUCUGGGAGGUCGAGGGAGGAAAUUCAGACAGACUUGAACAAAGAAAAUGGCCAAUAAUGGAGGAUGAAUUGCCCACCGUUCCCAAGAGGGAAAAAAGAAAGUCAAAUGAAAUUGUAGCAUGCUUCCCAAAGAGGGUUCCCCAACCCCCUCCUCCUUCACCCCCUACCCAACAGAUUCAUUGGUCAACCUCCUGGGGGAUUUGGAAACUGCCCCAGAGACAAGCAGAUCUUGAUUUUGAUAGGUCUUAGUGUGCACCAAUGAGGAGCACGCUCUUAGCCCAACUGCCUCUACAGCGGACAGAGCAGCUGGAAAACCACACUGAGUGCUGAGAGGACUUGGCCCUCUCACGUUGAAGCCCUAGGCCUGGGCCCUUGGUUGGUACAGUUCUGAAUUCUAGACUUCCAAGUACAGGCCAGGCCCAGCAACUCUCUUGCCAUCAGCACCUCCCCCUGAUUUAGACAGAAGCCACUUAAAACAAUAAAUAGUUAGUGAAAGCCCAGUUGCUUUUGAAAGCAUUCCAACUAUUUGGUUCAAAGGUCCUGACCACAUUUCAGGGGUUCUGCCUGAAAUAAAAGAAGAUGCAUUCCUGGCCUUCAUUUAUAUAUGAAUGCCAAAAUUGUCUGUCCUAGACUGAGAAUUCCAAAAGAUAGAAACAUUUUCCUCUGUGGGGAAAUGAAGGAGUGUUUCAUGCUUUUGCUUAACAAAAGUGAAAGGCCCCGGAGACCCUCCCCUCGGGAACCACUGCGCACAGUUGAGCUCCAAAGCCGAGUAUGAGACUCACGUGGUAUAGGGCAUGUUACCGCUGCUGAUUUUUCUGGGAGCUUCUUGUUUGCAACUUCUGGUGGGUUUUGCCUCUCCCCUCACCUUGCCACAUCUGGUGGUUUUCCCCCAAAAUUCUAAAGUUGAAUAUCCAGACACCUUGGUGGUUUUCAAUUGCCUUGAGUCUUGCUUUCCUCUGCAGUACUCCGUAUGCCUGGAAAUUUUAGAAGGUUGUCUACAUCCUCGCUAUGACCCUCCAAUGCCCAGUGGUGUUCCCAUUAGUACGAGAGGAUUCAGGGCAGGGAUGGUGUGGUCAGAGUUAACACUGAGGACUGGAAAUGGUCACUUAACAUUUGACAAGUGGACCAAACUGUAGAAUGUCUACCAAUCUUUGACAAACAUGAUACCGACCAUCUCUCUAGUCCUAACACAACUUCUCACCUCCACUUGGUUAUCAGAGCACCAACUCUCCCCACUACCCAGGCACUUACCACAAGGUUUGCUGCCUUAUACCACUACUCUUGCCAAGACUAGGGAAGAGAGGUUGAAAGCCCUCCAGGAAGGCUUUCAGAGAACCUACUACUAGCCCCUAUUACUAGUGUGAAUAAUAAUGAUGAUCAUUUUUGAAGGUAGAAUAUAGAAGGGGUUCAGGUGAAAUGAAGUUGGCCCCAGGAGGUCAGCUUCCAAUGCAAGUUGUGUCUGUCCCUUUGUUUCCUCUGAUUCCAACCAAUAGCAGUAGGUGGCUCUGCUGGACUGACUUCCAUCUAGUAGGGAGGAGAGGGAGUCGUUCCCAGGGGAGGAGGUUAAUCAGUAGCUAAGAGUGCUUUGCACUUGGUGGGUAGUCGUCUCGUAUUUGUGGUUCCAAAGUUGAGGGUUGAAAGCUAGUCAUUCUCAGCACAACACGAAUCUUCGAAUCUUCGCUGCUGUCUCCUCUACUUUGCCUGCCUCAGUCUCUCGCCUGGACCUCCCACCUGGCCCCUACUUGUCCUUCAGCCCCAAGUCCUAUGAACUGCCUGCCCAGCUGAUAGCUCACCCUUUAAGGAGGCAAGAUCGCAGGCAGCCAGAUGGUUCAUGUUAGCUGUUCCUGACCACAAAUUGAACAGUUGAUCUGGAAACAUUACCUUGAAUGUGCGAAGACAGAGAGUAGUCUGCAAGGCUUUUACAAGUGCGUCACUGGAUACCCAUUUUAAUGCUCUGACAUCGCAGGUGGGAUUCGUGGUCCCUCUGGCCCCAUUGGUAUGAGCAGAUCUGUCCAUGCACCUGCUCUCUUCCUCAGAAACAAACCACCCGCUAAAAAGAUGAGUUCACAGUCAGGGCUCUGUCAAUGCAGCCUUCCAUUAUCACCAAGCCUGUAACACAAUGGCAAGCCUUCACUUUAAUAUGAUUUGCCAGGGCCAGGACUAGAGUGAGGUAAGUGAGGCACCCAGAGUGCAAAACUUAAGGAGGCACCCACUCUCAGGGCCAUGCAAGUGCCUUACCCUCGUCCCGGCCCUGCAAUUUGCACCCUAUAAAGUAAUAUCAGUUUAUCUUCUUCCUAUGGGCAUGCAUGGUUAUUCUGUUUGGGUUGUUUUUUUUUUUGUAGGGGUGCAGAUAACUCCCUAUCUGUUGUUGCAGCAGAUGUUUUAUUGCCAUCUAUUUUUCCAUUGCUCUAAACCUUUAUAUGCCUAUACAUCAAAGACUCUUCAAUAUUAUCAGAAAACGUGGCUGAUUUCUAAGUCACCUGCUCCAAGUGGCAAGUUAGCACCCAAUUCAGCAGGAAUACUGACAGAGACUAGCCCUUCAGCAAAAUAGCGAAUGAGUUGGAGGUCUGUCAUUUGGAUCCUCCAUUUCCUCUCUCUGUUCCAUUCUCCCCAGACUUUGCUUCUCGGCACCAAAUCUCCUGAGUGCCUCCUUGUUUGUCCUUCUCCUCGCUAAGAAAAGCAUGCUCUCAGGAAAGGGAUAAAUUCCUUUACUUUGAGAUUGUAAGGCUUAAUGAUACCUCUUUGGAGGGUCACUUGCAUUUUAACAGGGAAAAAGCCUUAAGCCAAAGGAAUGACGUUCUACUUGUAGAAUUUUUAGGCAUCAAUCAGUUGCAGAAGUGUAUUUUCACCAUGGAAAGGUCAAAUUCCCUGAUGACUAACUCCAGAAUAUAGAAAAUACCUUAAUCUCCUGGAACUAUCUUAGUAAAUUGCUGAUGGUCGAUUACAUUCUCCUGAUUCCCAGUGUUAUUCAGUCUGGUUACGACCAACAGACUCUCAGAGAUGGCUAUUAAGCCACUGAGAAAGCCUAGAUAAUUCAUAUUGUACCUUAACAUCUUUACACAAAUGGAAUUAAUACUACUUAUCAUUUGAGUAAAGAACACAAGGAUUUAAAGAAUUUGUGACAAUGUGUCCUGUUUGUGAAAGGUGAAACUGUCCAAUCAAUGUCAGAUCAAUGUCAGCUGUCCCCUAUCAGUGGUGAUUAUUAAACUUCUUUCAGGUGCAACUUUACUGCACGCAGCCUCAGCUUCCCCCAACCCCAGUCUGUGCUUUGUGCUACCACUUCUCCUUGUUGUGAGAAUGAGACCAGAUCUAGUCCAGAGCACCCAGUCCCUCCAAAGCCUUUGCGUGUAUUUCAGCUAUAAGUGACUAAACUAUUAGGGAUUUAAAAGGAUGAGAGGUACAAAGAACUGCCUUUGUCAAAGGGCAGCAAAAACUAUAAGGAUUUUAACAAGGAGAUGAAAUAAACAACGUUUUAGAAUACUCUAAAACAUCUGUGGAGGACUAGAGUAGUAAAUGGUUAGAGACACAUAUUUGAGGCACUUUGAAUAAAUUUAGCAAAAAUGAAAUUUGCAUAAGUCAUGGGUUAUGUGAAAUGGGUAUAUACUUUCGUUCAAUAAAGCCCAAAAUCUAGGCCAGUGGUUCUCAAAAGUGUGGUCCCAGGACCAGCAGCAGCUGCAUCCCUAGAAUAUGUGUGCAUGUGUGUGUGCCUGUGUGUGUGUUUGUGUGUGUGUGUGUUCCGGUGAUGUUACUUCUUCAAGCCCCUAAAUCAUAGCCACGACUCUUCAAAUGAUUCCAACCUUUUCCAACGUUUCUGCUGUUGUUACGUGAUCAGUCUCUGGCCACGUGAUGUAUACUGUCACGUUGGUCAGAUAUGUUUCUUCGGUGUUAAGAAAUUAUCAGAGUGAAUCAACUACUUGCUCAAUCUGCAAAACCUUUAAGUUGACUUAGCUGGCACAUCUGGCCUGUUUCUGGCUUUUAAAAAAAGUUCUUUUUAAUUCUCAAAUAGGAAAAGGGAAAAGGUGUUGCGUUUGUUUGGUAUUGCCAACCCUUGAAUGCCUGUCUUCACUGUGGUAGCUGUUCUCCAAGAGGGCUCUGGCAGAAGUAGAUUUGAUUUUAAGCUGUUGCCUAUGAGUGGGAUUUGAAAUCAACAAAUCCGCAAAGAAAAUCUGAACUGGGAUAACCAGUUAACUCCUCUCUCUUUAAUGCCAAGCUUUACAGAAUUGUAUUCCUUACGUGGUGUUGAGCUUUUUUUUUUUCUAACGUCCAAUUUUAUGAAAUGUUCUGCAUGCAAACGCAGCAUCGUGCUCAUUGUACAAGUCACCUCACACUCAUUUCCUCCUCCAUAAUAUGUAUGAUGGUGAAGAAAUAUCAAUAUGUAUCUUCUUACCUCUCCUGAUCAAUUGUAAAUUACAAAUCUUUUCAUUAAUUUUUAAAUGAGAUAUAUUUACUCUGGCUAGUAGUUAAAAUUUUAUUCUUUUUAUUAUAUUUCAUUGCUACUUUUUUCUACUGACUCCAAAGCUUACUUUGGGGAAUAUUUCUUAUUUCUAGAUUGUUGUAUUUAUCUUAUUUCUAUAUUUAUCUAUAGUCAUGGAAUGUUAGAACUGAAAGGAACCAACCUCUCACUUUACAGAUGAGGAAACUGAGGCCCAGCAAGUCAGAUAACUUACACAAGGUCACACAGUGGCAGGGCCCAGCCAAAACCCCAGGUCUUCUGCCUCUGGGCUCAGUGUUUUUUCAUCCAAAGCACUGCAUUUAGAGAAGACCCACAGCUGGCUUCUACUUUUAUGGCACAUGAAUUUCCCAGGUAUUUCAGCAAACAAUAUAUAUACUGUAAGGAAAAUGUUCAAGAGUUCUUCAGUUCAUGAAUCCAAAGACAAAUCUGAUUUUCAGUUUAGAAAUAUUCAUUUCCCUCCAAAUUCAAUGUAUGUGCCCUACUUUAUACACCCGAUGUUUUCCCUAAAAGUUAUUUGAAAAAUGAAAUUUCAUAGAUAAAAUUCCAUUUUCCAGUAGAGAAGCCGCCUAUGUAAGGGACUUUUCUGGUGACUGCCUUUGAAAAAUGAGAAAUCCUCCUGUCAAUGUUCCCUAAUGUCUCAACUGUUUUUUCAGUGUAAACUUUUAUAAUUGGUUUUUAUUUAAAGUAGGGCAAACCAAUAUAGGCUCUCCUAGCAUUUAUUUUAUCCUUUCCUUCUUAAACUUUAUCAGAUAGUUUCAGACUGUUAGAUGCUCAUGAAAUACUUCGCUGUGUUCUAGAAACUUCACCUGGCUUGAUAUUUUGUCAAUCCCUGGGCUCAAACUAUCUCCAUCUUAUCAAACAAUAACUGAAUUCCCUACUCAGUACUGAGCUGUGCAUUCAGUCUCUUUUCCAGAACAUUCUUUGCCUAAUGUUCCUUAGUAUGACUCUUUUAGUUAUUCUCAGGCCUCCUUCCAUAGCCCAUGCAUACCUCACUAGUCUGGUCUAGCGGAGCUGCAGGCAGUGCUGUCAUAUGGAGUGGUAUUUCCAGGUACUCUCCUUGUCCCCGUCCUUCUCCUGGACGUCCUCUGGUUUCCUUUUUCAGGACCACUCCGAGAUGGGUGGGAUUUUCCUCAUCAUCUCAACCAGAGGUUGACAAACUUUUUCUGCAAAGGGACAGAGAGUAACUCUUUUAGGCUUUGCGGGCCACAGAUGGUCUCUGUAAGAUAGCCUUCUUCUUUGUUGUUGUCUGUUCAUUUGCUUGCUUUACAACACUUUCACAAUGUGAAGACAAUUCUUAGCUCUUGGGUCAGACAAAGCCGCAGCUGGAUUCGGCCCGCUUGUCAGAGUUUGCUGAUUCCUGGUCCAGACUGUCUUCUGGGAUGGGCAUUUCUGUGACUGAACCCAUGUGAUGACUGGGUUGUGGACCGGAUGAUGUGGCUCCCUGCCCUCCCAUCUACUGCGCUUUCAGACCGGCCGGUGCAGAGCAGGGUGGAGACGGGCUGUGAGUGCCAACCAGUAAUCUUCAACAGAUGCCCCUCAUGGACUCUUGUUCUCUCUCUGUCUCUGUCUCUCUCUCUGACUACCUCAGUGUAGAAACCCUCAUUCUUUCCACCAGAUCUCCUGUCCUGGUUUGCCCAUGUGCCUCUGCUUCCUUGAGUGUGGGAUGAGCUGGCAGGAAAGAAUGGAUUUCUGAGUUUUCUUAUUUCCUUUGUACCAAACUGUGGUUGGGGAAUCCUCUGUCCUGGAUCAUCUGUUCCCUACCUCCCGCCCCAUACUGCCAUCACAAGUUCAAGGCUGUUUCUGGAAAGUCUGGUGGCCCAGGCCAGGAGAUUCCAGUUCAGUCUACAAUUGCCCGGGAAACUCACCAGCUCUCUUGUUUCCAAUAGCUGGUUUUAAAAUCCAGAAUGUCCAUGUGUCCAUUUUCUAAUGUGAUUUGGACCUGUUCUAGACUCAGCCCCAGCAAUGAAACCUGUUGGGUACAGAAGGUGCUCAGUGUCCAUGGUUUUUUCCCUAUCUAAACCCUCUGCCUCCUAGACCCCCAGCCCCAGGGGUGGGCUCCUUGGGACGCCCCAUGCAGCACCACAGCCAGCAGGCAUUCCACACACCACCACCUCCUGUUUUCCAAACCUCUGAAAGGAUUCCCUAAAAGCUUCUUCACAUCUUUCUCCAUCUCACUCCUGUCUCUACCUCUCGUGCUCCUUGGGUGUGUAAAGCUCAGAUUUUCACAUUUGCUCAUAUGAAUAUCGGGGGAUAUGAGUGAAUGAGAAGGUGUGUGCCUGUAUGUGUGUGUGGUUUCUCCAGCUGGACUGCGACAGCCCCGUUGGCUGAUGUAUACAACACACACAUACACACACACGUGCGCGUGCACGCGCGUGCGCACGUACACACACCAUCCAGUCCCCUUACCAGUUCUCUGGUCCAGGUUCAGGUCUGAUGGGGCUGGUCAAGGAGAAGGAGACGAUGGGGGCUCCUGAGGCAUUUCCCUUUUCUUAUCUUUUGAAAUCUUCUUUCCACUCGUUUGUGUUGGCUUCUCCCAGGAAGCCAUUUGAAGAAACUCCUUCUGGGGCAAUUCUGGACAGGCCACCAUAAACAGAGCUAGGGAUUUCAUUCCAUGUAGACUCAGUCACUUGGACAUACUUCUCAGGCUGUGGGAUAUUUUUUUUUUCAUCUAAGUAAAUUGCUUCUUGGGACCUUUAGUUUGCUUUCUGUCAUUUGAGCCCAGGGAUCUACCCACAUACUGAAAUUGAAAUUUUAAAAAGUCAGAGACACAAGGAACUUUAGGAUUUCUCAAUUUGAAAGCAUCCACAAAAUAGUUUCUUUCUUCCUUUUGUUUAAGAUUUCCAGCCUUAGGAAGGGAACCAGGCUUGUACCUUGGAUUAGAAAGCAGCAAAAGUACUACACUUGCCAAAAGCAAAAUGAGGAAGGAGGACUGGCUAGUCCUACUCUGCAUAGUUAGGAGAAGGACUUUUGUUAAGUUAGCACUCACCAUUCAGUGCUUACUGAGUGCCAAUGACACACUCAAGAAAAAUAAUGGAGACAGGAAUUUACAGACCAAUAUCCUAAACUGGAAGGCAGAGAUAAGGCAAACCACCCCCUACCCCUCGGCCCCAGUAAUGAGAAUGGAUCCCUGGAUAAAAAUUACAAGCAGCAGCAGAAACUAGGAGAGUGUCAUCCCAGUCUUUUUAGAAUCCAACACAAAAUGGAAGACAGCCUGCUGUGGGGUGAUAUUACAAAGGGUUUUUCUUAUCUUUCUGUCUUUUUCCUUUUUUUCUUUUCUUUAAAAAAAAAAAAGCAUUCCUUACUGGCUUGCUACCAGCAAUUGAACUGUACUCUUUAUAUAGCUAGAGCUGUUUGUGUCUUCUUAAAAUAAACUUUUUCUGUUAAAAAUCGU